AUGACGCACGCCCGGGGUGCCUACAUCGAAUACAAAGAUGGCGAAAUAGAAGCUGAGGGCCUCAUAGAUGUUACAUCUCCCGAACGCUUGCUCGGUAUCUGGAAGUGGCCAGCGUAUGGAUGGAAGGGAGCAACGGCACUCGCGCGGCAAGGCGAUGACCUUGGUGAAUACGCCGCACCAGACAACAACGCUGACACUAUAGCCCUUUUCGCGAGCGGGUGUUCACUGCUCAAGGACCAAAAGAAGAUCGAUGCCAAAGGACGGAUAGUACCGAUGCAGGAGGUACCGUCGUGA